CCUUGACAACCGCAGGAUGCGUACCCAGAGGCCUAGGGACAGAGAAAAGGAGGCCAGAGGAGGAGGGAAAGAGACAAAAAACAAAUGAGACUUUCCAGCCCCGCGUUUUCUCCAGCUUUUUUUUUUAUCAGGUCUUUUUUUGAAAGAGGGAGCGAUGGAGGAGGUUGCCGCCCGGUCGUGACGGAGCCUUAGAGUGUUUGUGUGGUCUGUGUGUGUGUUUGUGUGUGUCCGCGCUGAAUCGGUAAGUACGCCUGGCUGUUCCAAUGUCUUCAUAACUCUGGCUUAUAGACCACACAGAGUAACAAAACAAAGUGACUGAAGGAUGGAGAGAGAGGGACUGGAGUAUUGGCACAGUUAGUGACAUGUAUCAGUGUAUCAUUAACUUUCAAUAGGAAACACAAAGGCACACGUUGAGCCACUUUUACGCCUCGUCAAAACUAUGACUGAAUAUGGAAGGGGAUUAAUAUAUUCCCAUCAGUGUAAAUGGAAACUAUGAUGUGAUGUGGUGUUUUGGACUGAAUGGUGAUCUUGUACACAAAGGAAACCAUUUUUACCCCAUCUGCCUUAUCUUCACUUUUGAGAACAGUGGGAAAAACAGAAGAAAAACAAAGAUUAGAGGCAGCAUCUCUUUGCGUUUCUUUUUCCAAGUUACUGCACUAUUGACUGAUAAUAACACUUAUUUAUUCUAAUGUAUGAUUUUCUGUUUUGACAGUCAGGCCCACAUCCUGACUCUGGAUCAUGCGUUUUACACGGCGACCCCGGAGUGGCUGCUUGGUGCUGUGUCUUUCUGUCUCUCUGCUCACCCUGCUGCUGCAGAGCCUCUGGGUGCCUCCAGAGAUGGCCAGAGAAGAGCCGGCAGGUGCAGGGAGGUCCCCUGAGGAACAGGGUCACCAUGGUAACAGCGUGCGAAGACUGGCUCUACGCUUAGAGGCUCUGAGCUCUCAGGUGCAGCGGCUAGCGAGGGAGAGAGACACUCCCCAGCCUGCUAAAGAAGAACUUACUAACCUUCUGCAAAGUCUCCGGCAGGACCAGGAGGGCUUGGUGCGGUCCGUGGAGCGAGAGCUACAGAGAAUGGCCCAGAAGCUGGAAAGCCUCGGUCAUCAGCCCCACACACCACGACCACAAGACGACCACAGACCGCAGACAGGUCUCCGUGAGGUUUGUGAGGUGCCCGAGGACCCUGUGUAUCCCCACUGUGCUGAGAAAGUUGAGUUCCUGCAAGCCCGUUGGGACUCAGACCUCUGCUAUGCUUUCUACGGGGUGGAUGGUACCACCUGCUCCAUCCUGACCUACCUGAGUGAGAGAGAAGACUUCUGUCCCCCCCACCCUGGAAGAAACCAUUCAGCACCACCAUGGCACCAGCAACCACGCACCCACAAAGAGAAGGCAGAGGUCCGGACGACUCUGAUGCCAUUGUAUGAGGUGUUUGGUGGAAUUCAGGGUCCUGCAGGAAGGUUCAUCCGGUCCAGGGUGGAGAGGCUGUCUACAUGCUGGAUAAAGGCGGGACACAGGAUACGAGAGAACACCACUAAGACGACUUCACUGCAGAAGAGGGUCCUGCUCUACCCAGGGGUCCUGUCUGGGGGUGCGGGCCAGCGGUUCGGGGCCAUGGUGGACCAAGGGGGGCCUCUGGGAGAGCUGGUGCAGUGGGCUGACCUCAGUGCCUCUCUCUUCAUCCUGGGUCACAAUCUGACCUUUACCACCUCCCAGAACCACCUGCACAGUGUGAUAGGUGCAGCCCCGGGCAAAGGAAGCUGCCCCAUCCAGAUGCCCCUGCCCUUUGACCUCAUCUAUACAGACUACCACGGCCUAGCCCAUCUGCAGGGAGCCAUGGGGCUGGCCUUCCAACACUACCAAUGCCUCUUCCGAAUCCUUGACUCUUUUGGUACGGAACCGGCUUUCAACCUAGGGACGUAUGCCCGUAGCCAUGGUUACAACACGCUAUGGGGAAGCUGGCGUCUACAGCCACUGCAGUACAUGACCAUGUUCCCUCAUACCCCUGACAACUCGUUCCUGGGCUUUGUGAGUGAGGAGGCGAUGGUGGAGCAGGAAGAGAGGGAGGAGGAAGUGGAGCCAGGGCCUUACAGGAAGGACAACACGGCUGUGGUCUAUGGGAAACAGGACUACAUGUGGCAGGGCAAGGAACGUUAUCUGGAGCUGAUCAGUCGGGAGCUGGAGACCCACGGCACAGUGUACCAGCCUCCAGGCCACUCUGCUCAGCUGCCCAGUAACAUCAUCAACCAUGGCCUGCUGACCCAGGAUCAGUUCUUACAGCUCCUCAGAAGAGCCAAGGUGUUUGUGGGUCUUGGAUUUCCCUAUGAGGGUCCAGCUCCUUUGGAGGCCAUAGCUUUAGGGUGUGUCUUCCUCCAGCCGCGAUUCCAGCCCCCCCGCUCCUCUGAAAACAGUGACUUCUAUAAAGGGAAGCCCACAACACGACAGGUCUCCUCCCAGCACCCCUAUGCUGAGGAGUUCAUCGGUAAACCCUACGUUUGGACCGUGGACAUGACCAACACGACUGACGUUCAAGAGACGGUCAGGGCUGUUCUACGCACAGAGGUCAAGCCCUUCACCCCUCGAGAGUUCACCAGUGAAGGGAUGCUGGAACGGGUUCAUGCUUACAUCACUCAUCAGGACUUCUGCAGCUUGUCCUUCCCUACCUGGCCACCUAAGAGCGCUCUGAGAAUACAUCUGGGCCCCCUGGGCCAGUCGUGUGUGAGUGUUUGUCGACGUGCCUCCCUGGUGUGUGAGCCGGCACUGUUCCACCACCUCAACAACCCUGCAGCGUUCACCAGACUGGGCCUGUCCUGCUCCAGCAUGGACCAGGAAGUGGACAACCAUCUAUUUCCUGCCUACAGCCCGUGGGGUCGUCGCUGCGGCCUGCAGCGGGAGCGUCUCCUGUUCAGCUGCGCUGGGUCCGACCCUGUCCACCGCAGACUCUGUCCCUGCAGGGCCCACCGGGCGGGACAGGUGGCGCUGUGUCCUGACUGCCUCUAAGGGGCAGACUCUCAGGAUUCUCAUUGGAGAUAAAAGAGGAAAUGUAAGGUUGAAAUGCAUCCUAUGUCUGGGGUCAUGUUCGCUAGGCACGAAACAAAAGAAAACCAACUGAAAUGGAGAGGUGCUAUCUGAACUUGACCAAUAGGAAAAGCUUUUUUUCGUUUUCUAUUGCAAAAUGUUUUGUUACAGUGUGCCCUGAUGAACACAACACUAGGCUCUACACUCACAGGAAAUGGAUGUCACGUUCCCGGUUUAUCCGAUAUCACUCAGGAAGAAAGAAGAUAUAGAGCCCUGAUCCGUCAUGUCUCCUCAGUUGCACAAAGGAAUAGGAGUAACAUAGGCAAAAUACGUUUUAAAAAUACUGCCUUCGCCUAUGUGGCCUGUAAAGUGACCACAACCUUUCAUACCAGAGAUCACUCUAUGACAAACUGAGUCACGCCUCUGAGCAGUUUUACAACCAGAGUCCAUCACAUCACAUUCAAGUAAUAGCUUCAACAGAGGGCCAUCACUCAUUGAUGUGGGGUGUAUUUAAUGAGGUAAAACACAAUGUCGCAGGUGGAAAUGUGAUGUGUAGUGCUGACAUGACCCACAGUUCUAAAUGACAAACAGCCAUACCUGAUCUACACAAUACAUUUCUAUCGUAACGUUCUCUUGAACAGGCUUCCAUAGUAGUGGUGGACUGGGGAGUGUGGGAUUACUAGCCAUGUACAAUGGCCGCUCGCGUCGCAUCGCCGGCCCUGAAUAUUACUUCAGUCCUCCUCGGAUUUGUGACAGAGUAAAUAAUGGGGGCCAGAACCAUGUAUUUAGAGUUGGGCCAACUUUUAGAAUUUUUUUAUUUUUCUAAUUAUAGACAUUCAGUUACAUAGUAUUAAGUAUUCCCCAUGUAAUGUUAAUGGGGAGCUAAAAUGGCUGCCAUAGAAUGUUGAAGUGUCAUGUAAAUGCAUCAUAAUACAGAAAUCAUAUUGGCCCAACUCUCUAAAUACAUGGCUCUGAUGGGGGCCAUUAUCAGAGUGAAUCAUGGGUAAUCAGCACUGAAUGUCUUUGAGAGGGCAAGGCAAUAAGACCACAAUUAUUCCCUCCAAAUACACACACUCAAAAUGCUGUACUAUUGCACUAUUGCUUUUUGAUAUGAUAUAUCUAUAGUGAUCUGGCUGAACUUGUAGGGAGGACGAUUUUGAAGGACGAUAUCCUGCUCAGGAGCGAACGUUGAAUUGAACUAACAAACAGACCCGAGCCAAAUGAAGUGAGGGGUGAUGGGUCACAAAACCUAGUGUGGAGGUUGGGAAGCCUGUCUUCUUCUCGCCUGGCUUCUUCCAUCACCCCUUUCUCUACAUAUAAGAGUGAGGGAAGAAGUGAGAGACCGAAACAGACGUAAAUGAAUAGCACUAAACUGAGGGCUCUUAUCUGUUAGAAGUGAUCGGGUGGGGGCUUACACAGUGCAGCUGCUAGCCUAGCUUCAGGCCAAGUCCUUGGACUGUCUAUGGGCUCCUUCACCUAAAACUAGAAAACUGAAAGAGGGUUUCUCAGAACAGACAUAUGUGAUUACCAUGACUGUCCCAAUGCACUCCGCGUAACCCAAACACAGCACAGCUCAGGAAUUGGACGGGACCACUCAGGGCUGUGACAGAAUUGGUCAACAGGAUGACGGACAGCUCAGUGACUGUAAAACUUCUGUCUAAAAACAACAGUGGAACUGACAUAAGCGGAAUGUUUAGCAAAUUCAGCUGGCCCUGUCAAGUGAGACUUGAAUGUGAUUUGACAUACGUUCCAAAGAUGAUAAGAGUGAGUGGACUUGUGUUUUGUUUCAAGGCACUGUUCGUCAGUUACGGAAAAUAAAAUUGUACUUGACCCAAAGGAAUUAUACAAUGAGAAAUAAGUUCAUUGGGAAAUGUUGUGUAAUUUUGUGACUCACACUCACUGUUUUGUUUAAAGGUUCUGGCAUAACACUUGACGAGCUGAUAAUGUAAGGUUAUAGAAGGGUUAAGAUAAAAUAAGAUUGUAAAAUAUAAUACAAUAUAAUAAAGUUUUUUUUUUUACUCUUUAAUAUUGACAUUAUUGGAGUGUGACUGGCAUACUUUAGGUGCUACCAAUAGCUACACACACUACUAGAUCUCAAAAGCCCACAAACGUCAAACAAAAUGUCCUAUACAGUGCCCUCCACUAAUUUUGGCACCCUUGGUAAAUAUGAGCAAAUUGGGCUGUGACAUUUUUUUAUUUACUGUUUAUCCUCUUGGUCUUUCAUUCAAAAUAUUCACAAAUAUCGAACCUUUAAUUGAAAUAAAACGAUUGAAAAAAAAUGUAUGUGAAAUCAAUUAAAUAUUUUUUUCUCCGAAGCAUGUGUGCCACUAUUAUUGGUACCCCUAGAUGUUCUUAUGAGAAAAAUCUAGCUGAAGUCUAUUCCCAUUCAAGUUCACCUGAGUAAUUAGGAACACUUAAGUGGUAAGCCAUGACUUCCUGUUUUACUGGGGUAUAAAUAUGAGGUGACACACAGGCCAAGUUCCCAUAGUCAUCCUUCAUUAUGGGAAUAACCCGAGAUUACAGUAAUGAUGUGUGACAAACGGUUGUUGAGCUGCACAAAUCAGGAUAUGGCUAUAAGAAAUAGCUUAAAGGUUGAAAAUGCCAAUUUCAUGUUAACAAUCGGCCUUGAAGAGGACGUGUCUAUAUUGACCCCACGCACAGUGAAGAGGAAGGUUCGAGUUGCCAAACAAUCUCCAAGGAUCACAGCUGGAGAAUUGUAGACGUUAGUUGGGUCAUGGGGUCAGAAAAUCUCCAAAACUUCGAUCAGAUGCCACCUACAUAACCACAAGUUGUUUGGGAGGGUUGCCAUAAAAAAGCCUUUGCUGUCAUCAAACAACAAACUCAAGCGCCUGCAGUUUGCCAAAUGUUACUGGAUCUUUCAAUGGGACCGGGAUCUAUGGUCAGAUGAGACCAAAAUAGAGCUUUUUGGAAACAAACACCAGAGGUGGCUUUGGCGUAGGCAGAAAGAUAGACAUGCAGAAAAGUACAUCAUCCCCACUGUGAAGUAUGGUGGUGGAUCUUUGAUGUUACGGGGCUGUUUUUAUUUCAAAGGUCCUGGACCACUUGUUAGGAUACAUGGUAUCAUGGACUCAUGUACAUCAAGUACAAGCAGAUAUUAAAUCAAAACCUGACUGCCUCUGCUAGGAAGCUUAAACUGGGCCGUGGUUGGACCUUCCAGCAGGACAAUGAACCAAAGCACACCUCAAAAUCAACACAAUAAUGGUUCACUGACCAUAGAAUCAAGGUUUUGCCACGGCCAUCCCAGUCCCCUGGCCUAAACCCCAUAGAAAACCUGUGGGAUGAGCUGAAGAGGAGAGUCCACAAGCGUGGACCUGGGAAUCUGAAGGAUCUGGAGAGAUUCUGUAUGGAGGAAUGGUCUCAGAUCCCUUGCUAUGUGUUCUCCAAUCAUGUUAAGCAUUAUAGGAGAAGACUCAGAGUUAUCUUGGCAAAGGGAGGUUGCACAAAGUAUUGAAUGAAGGGGUGCCGAUAACUGUGGCACACAUAUAUUUGGGGAAAUAUUUGCUUUAUGAUAAUAAUUCAUUUUUUCUUCUAUUUAUUUUACUUUAAUUAAAGUGUUGAUUGUUUUGCGAAUAUUUUGAAUGAAAGGCCAAGAGGAUAAACAAUAAAGAUGUUUUUUUUUCGCAGCCCGGUUUUCUCAUAUUUACCAAGGGUGCCAAUAAUAGUGGAGGGCACUGUAGAAGGAAUUCAUAGCUGAGUGAUGAAAGGGUUAAAAAAGAAGGGAUGGCUGGCGGGGACAAUAAUGAAGACAGGAAACAUGAACCUGUCACGGUCAGCCAGACAGGCAGGAAAGUUCACGGUCCAAUAAUGUGUACCUUUGCACUUUUUAAUUUUACAUUAUUAUUAUCAUUUUUUACCAUGAGUAUGAAUACUUAUUGGAAAGAUGAGGGACUGAGAGUUAAAGCCAAAAGAUUACUUUCAAAAAACUUAUUUUUUACCCUAUACUAGGUCAUGUAGACCAAAUUAGUUGUGUCAUCAUAAGAUGUUAGGAUUGCACCAAUAUAACUAGGCUUUAGUUCAGCGGGCUAAUAGUCUUAUUACAGUAACACAGACCUAGAUUCAAGUCGACUCAGGUUGGUCAACAACGGUUAUAAGAGGGUUUAUUGUAUGCCCAAUAUAUAACUUCAUAACAUGUUUCAUGUUAAACAAUUACAGUUGAAGUCGGAAGUUUACAUACACUUAGGUUGGAGUCAUUAAAACUCGUUUUUCAACCACUCCACAAAUUUCUUGUUAACGAACUAUAGUUUUGGCAAGUCGGUUAGGACAUCUACUUUGUGUAUGACACAAGUCAUUUUUCCAACAAUUGUUUACAGACAGAUUAUUUCAGUUGUAAUUCACAAUACCACAAUUCGAGUGGGUCAGGAGUUUACAUACACUAAGUUGACUGUGCUUAAAGAGCUUGGAAAAUUCCAGAAAAUGAUGUCAUGGCUUUAGAAGCUUCUGAUAGGCUAAUUG